GGGAAGGACCGGAAGUGAGCCGUUGUUGUGGUAACGGGGAGGCCGAGAUGAAGCGCGACUUUGGUUUGAUGGUGGCGGGGACGCAGGUCGCACUGGUGGCGUCCGGAGAUGAGAAACAUCCGCCGGAGAACAUCAUCGACGGUAAUACAGAAACAUUUUGGAUCACGACAGGAAUGUUCCCGCAAGAAUUUAUCCUAAGUUUUGCUAAUCUUAUAAAAAUUAGCUCUAUGAAAAUUCACUGUUAUAAUGUGCGCAGCCUUAGUAUUGAGAAAAGUGUUGCAAGAGAUCCAGUAGAUUUUGAACCUUUAACUAACAGUGAACUUGAGCACUCUGAGGAACAGCUUCAAAUGGAGGAAUUUACACUGGAAGGAACCAGUGCCACACACCUACGAUUUGUCAUAAGAUCUGGUUUCGAUCACUUUGUGUCAGUACACAAGGUUACAGUGGAAGGUACAGAGGAAGAGACUUGAGUCUACACAGCACAACUGGUGCAAAACAAGAUCUUCAAAUAUGAAACAGUGAGGCUGCACAAUGUUACUCGUGUAAAUAUUUUGGCAGUAUUUGUUACAAAGCAUAAUUAUUGAGUUGUUAUUCUUGUGAAUAAAUUCUUUUUGUUUUGCUACAAAAUAUCUUUGAUCAACAUCUGAAUAGUCCAUCACAACUACUACGAGAUCUCCAUGUUCGACUGUCAGAGGGUCUUUCUCUGGUACGUGAUUAUUUUCUGACACAAGAAUCACUCUGGACCCACUAUCAGUACUUGCACUGCACUUUCUUACUUUCCACUCUUUCACCCGAUGCUGCCAGUCCAUGGACUUUGUUUAUUUGUUACCAUUCUGAACUUUCAACCAGUAUUUAAGCUUCCGAAUUGAAUAUAUUCAUUUCAGUUUUGUUUACAGCUAUGAAUUGGAUAAGUUUUAUAUUUAAAACAAUUUACAGUAUUAAAUGUAGCAUAAAUAUUCUGCUCCCUUUAGGGUAAAUAAUCUUUUCCACAAUAUAAUGAAAACAAUCAAAAAAAUUUGUUGAGUAGUAAUUAUUUAAUAGUACAGAAUAUAAAACUUCAUCCCACUGAUUUACAUGAUCUUAACUACAUUUCAGAACGUCAGGCCACAGCUUUCUCCAGUUUGGGCUGUAAGCUUCAUAAACAAUAUAGCUAAAAAUCAUUGUACUUGUAGUGAUUGACCUUAUUCUAUAGGUUUUGACAAAUAUAGCAUAAAAUGAUGAAUAUUAAAUGUUACAUGAUUUUCAGUUCUUAAUGCUGGAAAGUUGAAUAGCAGGAUCUGAAGAAUUGACACUUUCUAACUAGAAUUCAGUUACUUUGUUGCCCAGGAUUUUAAAAAAAUGUCAAACUCUGACAAAAUCUUGUCUACUUUUCCAGCUGGGAGGGUCAGAUAUUGGAGACAGCGGUUGCUCCACAAUUAUUAACACUGGUUAAAGUAAGCAACACUUCUCCAGGGCAAUAUCGUUGAUACUUGAAUAUUACAAGAAUUUUUACUUCAGCGACUAAAGGAAAAUUUAAAGGGGCAAUUACUCAGCCCUGUCUAAAGAGUGGCAUGCUGAUAAAUAUUGUUGCCUUUCCUAAUUUGUUCACCUUGUUUAAUUCCUGGCCACAUUAGAAGUCUUUUAAUAUCAUUUUCAGACAGUAGUUGUAUUUCAGCAAUUUAGUUUGGAUUUGUGUUUUGUCAGAAACAACAAAAAGUUACAUCAAUUCAAAUAAGUAAGUAGGGUCAGUGAAUUAUUUUUUUCCAGUAAUAUCAACUUCAUUUGUAAUUCUGUUGCUUUUUGAACUGUACAGGAUUUAUCAAAUGCAUUGAUUUUUCUGAA